ACCCCUCUUUUCAUAGCAUCUAUCAAAGGCAGGUAUGAGGUAGUGAAGCUGCUGCUUGAGAUCUUGCAGAUUGAAGUCAAUGCCCAGGAUAUCAAUGGGCAGACCCCUCUUUCUGCAGCUGCAAUAAGAGGUCAUGAAUCAGUUGUUAGCCUACUUCUGGCUAGGUCUGAUAUCGACGUGGAAAAGCAAGAUGUCAAUGGUCAGAGUCCACUCUCCCUUGCCGCCAUGAGAGGGGAAGAACAAGUUGUCAAGUGUCUCGUGAUGACUGGAAAGGCCGAUAUGAAUUCAAAUGAUAAAAAUAGGCGAACGCCUUUGUCUUGGGCA